AUGUCCAGGGUCUCCACUGAUAAAGAAGUUGAUAACAACAUUACCAAAAUGAAUCAAUUAAUCAAUGAACAUUUUUCGGGGUCCGCCACUGAUAAAGAAAUUGAUACCAUCACUACCAUAAUGAAUCAAAUGAUCAAUGAAGACUCGUCGGGGAUCUACACUGAUAAAGAAUUUGAGAACCUCAUUACCAUACUCAAAAAUGAUUGUGCCGACUCUAAUGAUCAAGAUGAUGAUCACAAAGAAACUAUUUCUGAUAACGAAUCUAACAAUCCAACUAACACAAUAGAUAAUGAUGAAAUAUCUAAUGAUGAAACAAACAAACAAUUAAAAAACCAAUCACCUCAAGAUGACAAUAAAUCAUCAACCAACAAACCCUUAAGAACAUCCAGGGUUAACGCACUAAACAACAUCUUAACAAGAUUAACUUCACAAAAUUCCAAAAAUGAAACCGCCAUAACAAAUACGAAUACCACUACAAAAAGUAACCGUACUCGAAAUGUUAGCCAAAUAUCCACACCAAUCAAAUCCACUACGUACCAAUCAGGUAGUCCGAAAUCACCUGCUAUCGAACAAAAAUCUAAGAAAAAAAAAACUUCUUAA